GAUCCUGGCUCGAGUCACGAGCAACACGCAAAGUGCAAAGUGGUCUCGCGGCGAAGCACUUCUGCGCUAUGCGGCGAUGAAGGAAAAGUGAAAAAUAAAUUUCCAACUGAUCGUUACCGAAUCGUUGCCGAUCGUGCACAACAGUUCGCAAUUCUCCGUUUACGAACGAAACGAUAUCCGAAAAUUCGUUCCAACGAAAUUUUGUCAUGGACGUGUCCGCGUUCUCCGAGGAAUCUUUCGACGUUAAAGAUUGGAUCAACAAAACGUUCAAGUCCGCCGAGGCAGAAGAAAACAAAGAUGCAUUUGUUUCAUCCCUGGUGAUGAAGUUGCAACUGUAUGUUCAACAAGUCAAUGGUGCUUUGGAGGAGACUAGUCAGUCUGUUCUUUCAAGUUUGCCAAGAGUUUUAAGGGAUACACAGCUUUUGCAACAAGAAGCUUUGGCUCUGAGAGAAAAAAUGGUUGUUGUCAAGGAAGAAAUUGAAAAGGUAGAGAAAGACACAGCAUCCUCUAUGGCAACCUUAGAAAGAAUAGAUAGGAUAAAGACAGAUCUGCAAACUGCUAAACAGGGUUUGCACGAGGCUGACAAUUGGAGUGUACUGGCCAAUGAUGUUGAGGAGGUAUUUGAGUCGGGAGAUGUAGAAGCUAUUGCAAAUAAGUUGUUCAGUAUGCAAAAGUCACUGGGUAUGCUUAUAAACGUUGUCGAUUAUGAAGAUAAAAAAUUACAAUUAGAAGGUUUGAAAAAUCGAUUAGAAGCAAUGGCUAGUCCAAGAUUAGUACAAGCAUUUACUGCUGCAAAUUUGGAACAAUCCAAAGUUUAUGUGGAUAUUUUUAGUAAAAUGGAACGUUUACCGCAACUCGUUAAAUAUUAUCACAAUUGUUUGAAAGUGUCGUUGGUACAAGAAUGGCGGAGAACUAUCGAAUUAGCGCAAGACGAAAACGUUACUUACUGGUUACACAAUUACUAUGAUAAACUACUAUCUAGUUGGCACGAUCAGGUCAAAUGGUGCCAUCAAGUAUUCCCAAAUAGUUCGAUCGACGUUUUGAUCGAAGUGUAUACUGAUCUUCUGAAAAGUUUAGAUCCAGGUAUUCCAGAAUGUAUAGAAGCAAUUUUAAAGCAACAUUCGACUUCCAUGCAAUUGUCUUUGCUGCUCGAACUUAAACAGAUCACAAGACAUUUUGCAGUAAAUCUGAAUGGUGCGAUCGAGGCAUCGUCCCAUGGAAAAUUACAAAAUCAAAAAUUGCUAUCGUUGGCACAAGCAAUAUACGCGCCUUAUGUACCGUACAUAGUAAAAUAUAAUGUUUACGAAACUGCACAACUUGAACAUCGUCUUCAGUCGAUGGACCGUGCGCAAGAUGAUUUAAGCGAAACGAUCAAUGUUAUUUCCCUAACUAUUUCAAGAAUAAUGGAAUAUGCAAACGAGGCCAAUAAAAGAUGCAAACUUUUUACCGAUGGCUGUGGGUAUCCCGGUUUAUUGAAAUCUUUAAAUAGUUAUUUUAGUAAAUAUCUUGAAAAAUAUCAAGCAACCGUGCGGAAAUUGGAACGCAAAAAAGUAAAGCACGAGGAUUGGAAUCUGUUUCAAAUGUGUCUCACUUUGAUGCAAACUAUAGGCGAUCUCUUGGGGCAAAUUCAGCAAUUUGAAAAGUCUUUGGUAAUCGAUAUAACCGAGGCUAACAACAAACUACAAAGUGCAACAGGCAGUGUUUUUAAUCAGUACAAAAAGUUACUGUUGAACACAUCCAGUCAAACUGACCUGGAGAACCUUGUUGCAUCUUUCCAAAAAGAGGAAAAAACUAUUCUCGACUCGAUAAUAAAAUCUAUACACAAACUAUGCUCCGAUUUGCAUCACGCUACGUACGAAGUGAUCUUUGCUCCGAUUUUUACUCAGUUACUGCAAGUGCCAAAGGCACCUGCAUGGUCAACGGAAGCAAACAAAAUGACCCAUCUGAGCGCAGAUUUACCUGAUUAUAGUUUCGCGCCUCAGGAAUACAUAACUCAAGUUGGACAAUAUUUGAUGACAUUGCCGCAGCAUUUAGAACCAUUCCUACUCAGAGAAAAUCCAAACCUAACUCGAGCAUUGAAAGCGGCAGACCCGCAAUAUGCACAAGGUUUAACCGAAUCUGGGUUCACCGGUAUUUUGUUAGACAUUAUUGCUAAAGGGACGUGUCAAAUGUUUCUAGAUCAAACAUUAGGGAUUUGUCAAUUGAGCUCUGCAGCGUGUAAACAACUUGCUACCGACAUAGAUUACCUUGGCAAUAUAUUGGAGGAACUUGGUCUCUCCCUGUUAGAAAACUUACAACACAUGUCUCUCUUACUGAGAUUAUCGCCGGAGGAUUAUCAAAACGGCAGCUCUGGGUGUAAUGCCAGGGUUGUGGCUGCUGUCAGACAGAUGCGACAUAUAACAUCUUCCGGUUGAUCGCGUACAUG